UUUUAAUGCGUUAAGUUAUUCGGACGUGUUUACCUUCUAAAAAAUUAAAAAAAAAAAUGGCUAAAUGUAAUUAAAAAUAAAUCUUUGGAUUUUGUGAAUUUAUCUUGCACAUUUGUGUCAUUUUAGAAACAGAAAAAAUAGUUUUUAUUUUCUCAAUAACAGCUACAACUAUUUUUCUAUAUUUAAUUUUUAUAUUAAAAUUGUGUUAUGACGCGUAGAGCAGGUGUUGUCAUAAAUGUUUUGUAUCCAUUUAGGUUUUUGGUGGCGAAAAUUUAAUUGGGUAUACAAUACGUAUAUUGUCAAAAAAAGUGGAAUAUUUAUAUAUGUGUAUGUAUGUAUAUGUAAUUAGGAAAAGGAAAAAAACAAAAAAUGAAAAUUUUUAUAAGCGUAUUGUAUUAAAAAAUGUGUAUAAUAUAGAAAAAAAAUAAGAUGUGUACAUAAAUAUAAAUUAUUUAUUUAGUUACAAAAAAUUAAAAUUUAUAUUAUAAUUUUUAUUCGAGGCCAUAAAAUAUAUAUCUCAGCUGUGAUUUGUUUAGAAAAAAUUAUUUUAUACUUUAUAUACAUUAAUUGCAUACACACAUAUUUAUAUAAUUAAUUGUUCCAAUGUUAAAUAAAAAAAUUAAAGCUCUGGCCUAUAAAAGUUUAAAUUGAUCCAUUGUUCCAAGUGAAAUAAUUCAAUGCAAAGCAUUAAAAGGUUAUGAAAGUUAUUUAAAAAUGAAAAUGAAAGUUGGUAAUGAUUCUAAAAAUCAAAUUUUUUGUACAAAACGGUAUAAUGGCAACAUGAAAUAUUUUUAAAUAAAUUUAAAAAAGUGAAAGUUAUAAUGAAUUUACUUAAAAAGGGUUCUUUUAAUAGAUGGUUCAUGCAGUAGAAUAUGAGUCUAAUUUUAUACAAAUGCCAGAUCAAUUUUAACAAAAAGUCACGUUGCAUUAUUACUAAAUUAAUGGCUGAAAAAAUUAGGUCAUUUAAUUUUUCAAAAUUUUUCUCUACAUGGUGAACAUCUUUACGUGUGUACAUAGGUGCACUUUGGUAAAUUGUGUUUAAAUUCAAGACCAGUUGGAUAAUUAAACUCAAAAUUACAAUUUAAGUAAAUCCAUUUUGAACCCUCAAUAGUGCCCAGAUAAUUGCAAACAUAUAAGUACUUAAUAGGUAUAGCUAUUUUAAAAAAACUGCGAUAUAUGUAGGAAGUUUUUUUUAAUAUACCAUAACAAUAAAACAUUCAAUGGCAGCGACUAGCGCAGGUUCAACUACCGAUCAACAUAAGCAAUUUAUGCAACGACAACGGCAAGAGAUAACUGCAAAGAACUGUUUUAAAAAUUUAAUUAGUACUCAAUCUUUAUCAGUAGCAACUGAAGUGGCUGCUGGUAUAAUGGCGCCGACAUCUACUUCCCAAACCAUAAAUAAUGGAACCCCCACUUUAGUUUUAGAAUCUCAACAACAACUGCGAUUACAAGAACAUAUUUCUCAACAAUCACAACAACAGCAACACAUUCAAUAUCAACAAAUUCCAUCAAAUACUGUUGUGCUGCAACAAAAUCAAUUAAUGCACCAACAAUUACAAUUACAACAACAGCGACAGCAACAAAAUGUACAAGAACAGUUACAGCUUAGUGUACAAGUCCAACAAAUUCAACAGCAACAGCAUUUGCAGCAACUACAACCACAGCAACAGCAAUUGCAACCACAUCAACCAAAACAGCAGCAAACACAACAAAAACAGCAAGAAGCACAGCAUCUUUUGUAUCUGGAACAACAGCGACAUCAACAGGAACAACAACAACAACAAGAACAACAAAAUCAAGAGAGACAACAACAACAACACCAACGACAACAUCCGCAGCAUCAGCAACAACAGGAGCAACAACAAUACCAGCAAACGCAACAACAACAACAACAGCAAACACAGCAACAACAACAACAACGUAAACAUCAACAACAACUGCAACAACAACAUCAAUUAUUUCCGCGGGCCGGAAAUAUAAUGAAUAUUCAUCAACAACAAAUAAAUCAAUCAGAGCAGAUUCGCAUAAUAGAGAACAAUAAUGUGUCUUCAAACGUUUGCUCAAUAAAUUCGAUUUUAACAAAUAAUGUUGCAAUAAAACAAAUUUCUUCUUCAAAUAAUACUUUGGUCUCUGAUUCAUUGCCAAUAGUGGUAACUAGCGCCAUGGCUGGUCCAAAAACACAUAAUCAAUUUAGUGCAGAUAUACCACAGCAGCAGCAAAAUUCACAGAGUUUACUAAACCAAUUGAAUUCAAUUAUACCAAAACAGCAACAACAGCAAAUCAUAAGUAAUUUAUCAGCAAAUUUAGCGCCAGGUUGGAGGCGGUUAAUAUCGAGCGCAGAAGUUGUUUAUGUCAGUCCAACUGGUGCAUCCUUCCGAACACAUCAACAAAUCAAGGACUAUUUAUUAGCGCCUGGAACUUGCAAAUGUGGACUUCCAUGUCCACUAAGGCCGGAAUAUUUUUUCGAUUUUAAUUCACAGGUACCUAAUACGUUAUCAAAAUCACCAGUAGAAAAUGGAUUGCAAUCCUCACGGACAUCGUUUUCAUCAGCAAUGUGUGCGCAUCAAAGAAAGCUUUUUGACAACCAAAAAAUUCUUUUUCAAAAAGAUCCAAACAACAAAAAACGAAAAAUGGUUGAUAUGCCCGCAAACAACAACAGCAUCAAGAUAUCAAUUCCAUCGGCGCAAUGUAGUUCGGUUGCUCUCUACUCAAAUGGCAAUGUAAUGCAAACAAGUCAGCUGGUAACUGGUCAACAACAACAAGAAACAAGACGGUUGCAAAUAAUGGAGCAACAAGCGACGCAAUCGCACCAAUCGGUAGGGGAAAUUUUGGAGACAAAUGACACGUCAAAUGAUCAGCAAAAUAAACAAAUAACAAAUCAACAACAAGAUUCAGUAAUAAAAAGUGAAAAUACUAUCGGUAAUAAACAAAUUGGCGGUGUAACACUAUCAAAAACACCUCCAUGGCGAAAAAACUCUGUAGCACAGCAACAAAAGCAAAGAUCCCAAUCUCAGCAAAUUUCAGAAAUCGAAAAUGUUGCUAGCCAAAAUCAAACACUGUAUUUGUCGACAUCAUCUACCACAACUUUAAAUACGAACAAUGAAAGUGUAUCUACUGUAUCACAACAAAAUUCAACACCACCAUGGCACGAUAAUAGUUUGGCUCUUAAAAAUAAUUCAACGGCAACAACAUUAUCUUCCAAUAGCAAAAAGAAAGCCCCACCUAAUUUCAAAGAUGAUCCGACAGGGUAUAUGAACCAACAAACAGCAAUAUUGCAUAAUUCUAUAAUGAAUGUUGUACAAAGCUCUGACCUCAAUGACGAUAUUGCAUCAGCUUCCUUUCAAAACCGUCAAUUGACUCAGGAUCUAUCUCAAGCAAACAAAGUUGACAAGAAUCCAACAAUAAACUCUAAUAGAGAAUCUGUGAUGAAUAAACAAAAUCAAAGUAAUGUAUAUAUCAACAGUUCAUCCCUACAAUCAGAAAAUACUAUUGACCCAUCUAAAACUAAUAUUUCAACAUCAAUUUCGCAAAAUUUUGUAGAACAAAAUAAAAAAACCAGUGGUCAAUCAAUUGGUACCUCGCAACAAAUACGUAAAAACUAUUCAGAUGAUUCGCCUGGUAAAAUUAUGAGUCAACUAAAGCAAAUUGUUAAUCACACUGGUCAACAGACUAACUCAUCAUCAAGUCGCGUAUUUAACAAAAUGUUAGCUAAAACAGCAGUUGGGAAUAUUGCAAAUCAAAAUACAGUUGGAAACCAAAUUGUGGCACAUUAUCCUAGCGUUAUGGUUCAAGUUGAACGAAGUUGUAAUAAUUCUUCUCCAGGACAGCAAAAUAUAGGAAAUAAUAAUGUUACAAAAAUUAAUAUGAUUAAUAAAACAAAUCAACAAAUCAUUCAACAAAAUUCAGAACAAAGGCAACAACAAACGGUUCAAAUUCAGCCAGUGCAACAACUUCAAAUCCACAAACAGCAAACUCACAUAGGACAAUCCCAAUCACUUUCUGCAAUAAACAAUCAAUCCAAUCACAGUUUUGUUUUAAAACCAACUCAACAAAAAAUUUUUAGUACAGGCGGGAAACAAAUUAUUGAGUAUACCGAAUAUGUUGAUGAUUUGCAAAAAGUUCAAUCUUCUAAUGCACAACAAAUUAUUAUUCUGCAAUCCUCGCAGGAAUCUCCAGUGUCCUCAAGCAGCGCCGGUAUUAUAUCUUCCUUAAAUCGGCUUACACCCGAUACUAAAUUCUCAGUUCCAUCAUCUUCAAUAUCACCAGCCCCAUCGAACUCGUCGACAUCUUCUUCAAUAUCCACUAUAAUUGAUAAAGGUCCUCCUCAAGUUGGAGCAGUUUCCACGAGUCAUGAAAGUCCUCGACAUGUCGAAUCUCCAGAAUUCAGUUUAUUACCAAGUAAUAAAAGGAUAUCUUCUGCUAGUUCUAGUCCGAUGUCAUCGAACCGAGCCUCUUCUUCCCCAACUAUAGUACAAAUUCAAAAAUCUUUUGCACCAACGACUUCAACUGUAAGUAGAAAUACUAUUACUUCGGUACAAGCAGGAAAAACGCAAACUACCACGACAACUGCAAUAUCUUCUACAAUUAAUAAGAUUAACGGAGAACAACAGUCCCAAAAGUUAUCACCAAGUGGACUAAUAUCAGCUACAUCAUUACAAUUAAACCAAGCUGUAAAUCAAGAACCUGGUAAUCAACUAAUUAUGACAUCAACGGGUCAAAUUAUAGUAAUGCCUUCAAGUCCAUCUAAACCUCAAAAAAACACAAGCUCAGGUAGUCAAAUAAUAAUUAACAACUCCUUGACAAACGUAACACCAAAUGCUGCAGUAAGUGCACCAAGCUUACGGCAACAGAACCUCGUAAUAGCCCAAAGCUCUCCCAAUGUCAUGCAACCACAACAAAUCUCUCCACCUUCUCAUGCCACAAAUAGUACAAGUUUGGUGAUUCAGAAUUCCAAUCUUAGCCAACAUUCUCAAAAUUUAUUACAAAGUCCAAGCAAUCUAUUAGCUUCACCGUCAAGUCAAACAACAACAAAUUUUAUAAUGAAUUCAUCACCUCAACAAGUAAUUCUCAAUAAUGGAAACAUUAUCCAUCAAUCAACUGGUCAAAAUAUAAUUACAUCACAGUCUAAUUCAGGUACAUCUACAAAUUUGAUAGCAAACAGUGGAGGAGCAGCUAAAAUAAUAUCUAGUCCGACAGUUUUGACUAGUGCUGGACAAGUUAUUUCCAACCCCGCAUCAAUUAUAUCUCCAAAUAAUGCCCCAAUUAUUGGCCAACAACAUCAGCAAGUUGUAGUUAACACAUUACCAAGUGGUAGUUACGUCAUACAGCACCAACCUAAUACAGUUCAACAAGCUGGUUAUACAACAAUGGAUGGGCAAGUAGUUUCAAUUCAAGAUAAUGGAACAGCAACAUUUGUACAACAAAGCCAACCUGCUCAACAGCGACAUAUUAUAAUAACGUCACCCGAUACUUCAAGACGAAAAAGUAAAAAACGAAAAGGAAAUUCAACAAACUCUUCUCCAAAUACAAUUUCCAGUCUAUCCCCGCAACAGUCACCUACUACAAUUAUUCAACAGCCACAAGUUGUACAAAUUUCAGCUCCACAGCAAUACCCAACUCAGCAAUUUCAAAUUAGCCCGAGCAUUCAACAAAUAGUCGUAAAUAAACCUGCACAACCAACAACAACUCCACAACAACAAAUUUUUAUCCAAAAUGGACAAAUAUUACAACCUGUAAAUGUAAUUGGUCAACAGCUACUAGUGCCAGCUGGAGCGAACCUUUUAGGACAACAGUUAUUAGUUCCUGCUGAUCCCACAGUUUUACAGAUACAGAAUAUGGGUAUGAGUGGCAGUAUCAUUACAACUCCACAAGGAGUGGUUUUGAGAGCACCCAGUCCACAGAAUAAACAGUUUUUAUCACCAACUGGGACAGGUCAACAAUUUCUGGUUAACAGUAAUGGCCAAAUGAGUCCUAUUAGCCAAAUUUACAGUGCUCCAAUGAGCUUAAUGGUCCCAAAUUCAGCAGGAACUACAGCAACAUUUGUUCAACAAAGUCCUACAACUUCCAUUGUACAGCAGCAACCUCGAGGUGAAAUUGAUUUACAACCACAACUUACGCAACAGCAACAAACGCCACAUCUCCAACAACUUCAAUCGCAACAGCAACCGGUUGUGACAAGUCAAAUAACUCUAAAUCAAAACCAAAAUGUGAUUGGCAUGAACGAACAGCUAAACAGAAUUAGUCCACCAGAUACAACAACUCAUAGCCCAAGAAGUCCUGAACGACCCCCUAGUCAAAAAAGUGGUGGUAGUGAUAUGGUUCAAUGUGUAUCAAGCUCUGAGCCUGAUUCAGUCGUUUCACCGUCAAAUAUUGAUAGCUCUCAAUCUCCUACACAAGCUGAUUGCGAUAGAGGAGUGUCAUAUCAAAAUGCGAUUGAUAAUUAUAAACCAAGUGAACCUAAAAUGAGACGUGUCAAAACACCGCCUAAUUUUAAUAUUCAAGAUAUCAAACCAGAUUCUCAUGAAUCGCCAACAAAAAUAUCUGCAUCUUCAAUAUCUUCAGCUACAUCACCAUCAACAGGGCUUCUGCCUCCAGUACCAAAUUCACCAGUAAAACGUACACGUAGAACUGUAAAUACCGAACAAGCAAAUACAAACAAUAACGAACAUAUUACUAAAAACUCUAUUAGAAAUAAUUUAGUGAAUAUAAAUAACAGAAAUUUAAAUAAUCAUAACUUAAAUAGUACUUCAAGUAAUAACAAUGAUACAAUAACAACACGUUAUUCAAUUGGUGAAUUAGUUUGGGGUGCUGCUAGAGGUUAUCCGGGUUGGCCUGGUAAAAUUGUAAAUUCUCCUGAUGGAUUAUGUACACCAUCUGAUUCAACUUGGGUACAGUGGUUUGGUGGUCGACCUACAGUUGAACUAUGUACAAUCAGUUCAUUAAAAAGUUUAUCUGAAGGUUUCGAGGCACAUCAUAAAGCCCAAAAGGAUACGAGAAAAAGCCGAAAACUUAAUCCUCAAUUAGACCGAGCUAUUCAAGAUGCUCUUGAUGAAUUAGAUUGCAUUUCAACAACUAAUCAGAUGCCAUUACCAUCAAUCAGCCCAAAUUCAACUGCAACAGCCAAAAAUACAAAACAUACGCGUUCAACGAAAUGUAGUGUAAAUGUUAAUUCCGCUCCAUCUCAACAUCAGCAACAUCCACAUAACUUGGAACAACAACAAAUGCAACAACAAAGCUCUACUGCAAAUGCCGUUUAUCAAAGAAGUAAACUUAUAAAAAUUGCCCCAGCGCCAGUACCAUCUUCGAUUUGCAGUAUCGGCCACGCCAGCUUAGCAAAUCAACAGUAUUCGAAUAAAGGAUCAUCGAAAACAUUGUCACAACAAACUGUUCAACACGAUCCACAAGCAACUAAUACCAUGACGAAAUGACCUUUGGAGAGUACUCUUUCAACGCUUGUUCAAACAAUAGGCAUGCGAGCUAAUGAAGGGGUCAAUUUUAAUAAUCAUAACAUUGGAUUAACUGGUAACAACAAUAACAACUAUACCUUUGGGGAUAAUUCUUCACCAUCUUUGUCAAAGUCUUCUGCAAGAAAAACAACUACAGCUGCAAUAGCUUCAUUUAGCGAAUUAUUAAAACAACACGCUGCAACUAAUGAGCCUACAUUGUCUGAUGGCAUUGGAACAACAGCAAGUACUCUCGUUGCAGCUGGUUCAUCAAUGCAAACAUUUACUCUAGUCAUUCGAAAUUCUUAAACAAAAAAAAACAGUUUACACUAAAAUAAAUUUGAUGUUCUAAAUGUAAAAUAUCGGGUCGUUUUAAAUGUGAUGAAAAUUAAAAAUGCUUAUGUGACCUAAUGGCAAUUGCCAAUUUUUUUGAAGACCCAACGCCAAUUCCACAUAAAGACAAAUAUCAGUUACAUAUGAUAAUAUGGUUUGACACAAAAUAAGCAACUAAUCAUUUUGGAAAUGUCAUCCACUAUUGUAGGUAAAAAACGUAAUAAGUUGCUACUAUUGAAUUUUUUAGGAUCUAGAAAAAACAAAUUACAUGCAUAUAUAUGUAUAUUUUUAAUAUUUAUGUCAUUUCCUUUUAUAUAUUUUUUUUCAAACUUCAAGGAUUUUUUUUGUUUUUAUAAUAAGAAAUAUAAAAACUUGUUAAAAAUUAAAAAUUUUAGAGCUAAUAUAAUGAAUAAUGAUAAUUAAAUUGUAAAUAAGUUUUAAAAAUUUAUGAAAUAUGUAUAUCUAUAUAUUUAAGAAUUAUAUAACGAAUUAAGAAUUAUAUAAGAAUUAUAUAGAUGUUAAGGGAAAAUUUGAAAGCGUACUAUUUAUUAUUUUGUUUACCUUACUUUAAAAUUUAUUUUAAGACGGUUUAAUAAUCGAAAGAUUUUUUUUGUUUUAAAAUGCAUCACAUACAAUAUUUGUAAAAAAGUUUUUAUUUUAUUUCUUUAUUUUUUCUUUGAUUUCUUAAACAUUCAAUAAAAAAUACGACAAUAAACUAUUGAAUUAUAA